AAGUUAUAAAUUUCAAAAUGGCGCCGUUCUACAAAAACAAUGGCUGCUGAUUAACUUUUAUCGGUUUGGUGUUCAAAAUAUUGAAUAAAAUGGACAAUUUGUGCACCGCUUGCCUUAGCAAGGACAGGCAGCUAUAUAAACUGCAGAAUUUACAUACUAUUUACUACACUUUGGUCCCAGGAGUUGAAAUAAACCUCCCCGAGGUGCAGCUGUGCUGGGAGUGUCGGUGCAUGCUGCGGAGAUGCCACCAGUUCCAGAGGAACGUCCUCGCUGCACGGGACAUACUGGUCGCGCACUUCUUCAACCCAAAUGUGGAUACAUUCGGCUUUGGAGUGGAGCUGCCACUCCAGACAGAAUCCUUCUCCAAACUAACCAAAACCGCACCAAAACAUGAAGACUUCACAAUCAGCUAUGACAAACCAUCUGAACCGACUGACCUGGAGCCUUCAGACUCCAAGAGCAAAGAGAUAAACCCUACAGUAACAACAACGAAUGAGGAAAUCAAACAAAUAGACUCUGUUAAAGUAGAAAUGCUCCCUGAUGAUGAAGAUUGUAUGGAUACUAUGGAUAUAGAGCAACCGUUUACACCGGCUCCUAUAGAAGACCCACUAUCCGAUGUGCCUUCACCAGCGUUCACAGAAGUCAAUAUCAAACCAUUGCAGAUACUCAACAAAGAAACAACCACGAAACAGCCUCUAGUAGUAAACAAAGUCGUUGCAUCUCCAGUCGUGACAAAGAAACUGAUACCGGUUCAAAAGCUACCGGGUACGAGUAAGACGUUGAAAAAGAUUCAGAUACCACCGCAUGUGGCGAAGCAACUACAGUUGUUAGCUUCGAGUAGCACUAAACCGGUGCAAGUGAGAAUAGGAAAUAGUAGCGAGUUUAAAAAUCUUGUUCUUGUGAAAAAAGGUGAUGUGCCACCGCUAGUUAGUGUUGCUAGUGAGAACAAAGUUGAAGUUAAAGAAGAAGAGACUAAGGAGGAGGAAAAGAAAGAAGUCAAACCAAAGAUGAAGGUGGUCAAGAGAAAGGUGAAAACUAAUGUUGCAGUGAAAGCGAAAUCCGAGCUUCUUAAGAAAAAGCUAUUGUCUCGCUUGCGCAAGAAGCCGCCGCCGCCGCCGGCGCAGGACGACGACCCCACGCCCAGCGUCGACGCCACCUACCAGCGGUUCUCAAACAUGCUGCGGACUAGCCUGCCUGAGGACCACCGGAAUCAUGUUCGGGUACUAGUGAUGACAGACGACGAAAUGAACGAGCGCCGAGACGAGAUGCGUCUAGAACCACAGUUCGUGAACUCGCAGUGGAAGUGUGAAACCUGCAUUAUAGGAUACUACUCGGAGCAGCAGCUUGAAGACCAUAACAAGGCUAAGCAUUUUGUUCGGGAGCUCGAGCUGGUCUGCCCCGUGUGCCGCGCCUACAUCCCCGAGCACAUGUACAGCUUCCACUAUGGCCGGCACAGAGUGUCGUACGUUUGUCUGUUGUGCGACGAGAAGUUGUAUGAGCCGAAGAGGGUUAAAGAACACAUGAGGGCUCACAAUAAGGUGGAGACCACGGAGUUUCGGUGCAAUGUUUGUCAGAAGGUUUUCAACUCGAAGCACCGUCGCAAGGUGCACAAGGAGAAGGAGCACGCGCCUGUAGAGGAGUACACGUGCGAGGUGUGCGGCAAGACCUUCGACAGACGCUGGUCGUGGAAGGACCACGUCAAGCGCCACAACAUCCCGAACGACCCGGUGGAGUGCCACGUGUGUCACAAGACAUACAAGAACUCUAUCACAUUCGCCAUGCACUAUAGGAAUGUCCACAAGCGCGCGACGGGCGAGAAGGUCCGCUGCGAGCAGUGCGACAUGCAGUUCGUGAACGCGACGUGUCUCAACAUGCAUCUCAAGUAUUCGAGGAAGCACGCUGAUCCGGCGAAUUUCAAACACAUCUGCUACUCGUGCGGCAAGGGCUUCAUGUUCGAGCGCCAGAUGAAGGACCACAUCGACUACGUGCACACGGGCCGCACCGACCACGUCUGCAAGUACUGUAGCAAGAUGUACAGCAGCGCGGGCGGCCUGCGCAAGCACAUGAAGUUCGUUCACGAGGGGGGAAAGUACGAGAAGAAUAAAGUUUGCACUAUAUGUGGGAAGAGUUUUACGCAGGCGGCAGCCCUUCGUCAACAUAUGAACAUUCACAACAAUACAAGACCCUACCAAUGCAAGGUCUGCGCAACCUCAUUCAAGAACCACGGCGCCCUCUACACACAUUACAAACUGAAACACCUAAAACUGAAGAAAGAAGACAAGAUAUGCAUUCGCAAUCUCGGAAAAGAGGGCCAGAGAGUGAUGACUUACGACCCUCCACCUACUUCCAGUCUUAUGAUGGCACAGGAACCGUUAGAUUAGACAUGGUGUUCCCCAAGGAGCUUUGUUGGGUCCGGUGUUGUUUAUAAUUAAUGUUAAACUCGAUAGAAUGAAUUUUGGUGUCUCCACCAGAACCUUUAUGUACAAGCGGUGUCUAUUUGGAUCAAUUUCUGUAAAUACGAAUGAUCCGCCUGCCUCUAGUCUUAUAAUGGCGCAGGAACCGCUAGAUUAGGCAUGGUGUUCCGCAAGGUGUUGUCUUGGGUUCGGUGUUGUUUAUAGUUAAUGUUAAAAGUGACAAUGGAAUUUGGGGAUGUUAUCUGUAACUGAAGAAAGAAUUCAUGGAAUACCCCAGGGCGUUGUAUUUAGCCCGUCACUGUUUAUACCUAAUCAUUUUUAAAUCGGCAAGAUGAAAUUGUAAGAUCGUUUUUUUAUGUGUGUAGAUUCUGCCACGAAAUAUCGGGACAGCUACUGUUUAGCUAAAUAUUAACGUAGUUUAAAUGUAAAUUGUUAGUGUAUUAGACUUAAAACUUACCGCUCGUGGCUAUUUAUCGAGUUCAUACCUAUUAUUGUUAUACCUACAUAGUUUGAUUGUUCGUAAAUGAGUUUUAAAAUCCUUAUUUGUUUAUAAUUACGUAACUUUCCUAACUGUAUAUGUAGGAAUUGUGAGGUGCGUAAAAUGUAAAGAAGUAGAGUAUCUAGAAUAAAUGAAGUAAUUAAAAUA